AUGGCACCUCUCGCCCUGCUUCUCGCGGCGCUCGUCGCCCCUCUGGCCCUCGCGGUGCCUACCCCAGGCAACACCUACGGAUCCGGCGGUUCCGCCCCUUCAGGUUGGGACGCCUCGGUCGAAAACUUCUGCUCCGCGCCCGAAAUCCUUCAGUGCUGCAACGGUACCGGCGUCGCCGGUGUGGCCGGAGAGCCGGACUCUACGGAAACCGGCUGUAUCAAUGCCAUGGCAGGCGGGCAGGUUACCUAUGAAUUCGGCUACUGCCCCUAUGAUUUUAAUCCCGUUUGCUGCGCUGCUGUGGUUACCGAUGGUGUCGAUACUGGCUGCGGCAUUCCGACCCAGGUCUACGAGCCAACGAGUCGACGACUCUAG